UCCUUUAACUCUCCCCUGUCAGGCCCAUCGAUCUUUCAUAUCUUUGAGUAGGCUCUUUACACGCCCACCAGCGAUGGCCACACUCGAGAAAAAGACAAUCGAGACCAAGCGCUCACUCACCUACACAUACUACGUCUCACCCAAGAGCAAGGCCGAUUCCUCCAAACCAGCUUUGUUCUUCAUCCAUGGCUUCCCCGAUAGCGCUCUCAUGUGGUCGGAGGUCAUUGACCAGCUCUCAGACCUACCAUACCAGAUAAUCGUCCCAGACUGCCUCGGCUAUGCGGGUACUUCCAAGCCCAGUGAUCUCCCCAUGUACAAAUGGUCUGGCCAAUGCGCUGACCUUGUGGAGAUCUUGAAGGUGGAGGACAUCAAGAAGGUCAUCGUUGUUGGUCACGACUGGGGGGCCAUGCUGGCCCAGCGGUUCUACAAUCGCCAUCCCGACAUGGUAUCUGGGGUAAUCUUGUGUAACAUUUCCUACCGACCUCCAUCUGCGGACAAAUUCGACCUUGAUGGGUUCAAUGCACUGACCAAGGAGCGCUUUGGAUACCCCCUCUAUCAGUAUUGGUAUUUCUUCACUUCCCCAGACGGGUACAAAACCAUCAACAGCAACCUCGAAAGAUUCUGGGAAGUGUUGCACGGCGCGGAUCCUGACUGGAUGAAGAAAAUGUUCGCCGGCAAGGACGCAAUGGCGAAUUACAUGUCGGGCGGCGAGCGGGUUGCGUUGAAGCCUUAUGCAACAGAACCCAAAUGGAGGGUUGAUUUUAUGCAGCGCUUCACCAAGGAUGGCUUCGAGGCCCCGACGAAUUGGUACAAGGCGCUCGCGACCAAUGUGCAAUGGGAAGACGACAAGAGUAUUCCCAAGGAGAAUCAUGUUGUCCAUGUCCCUUUCUUCUUCGUCGGGUGCACGGGCGACAGCGUGGGUCGGACUGAUCUGAUUCACAUCUCGAGGGAAGCGGGAUACUUGCCAGAUUUCGAGAUGACUGAGAUCGAAUCUGGUCACUGGUGUGCAAUGGAAGCACCUGAGAAGGUGGCCGAGGCCAUCAGAGGGUGGGUGACCAAGCGAUUCCCGUAGAAUGCUUGGAGACUUGUGCACGUCGCCUCUUGAAGCGACCCGUUCGAGUUUCCCAUCCUCCUGAUGUGCCCUUCCGAACCUAAAUAUCGAGCCAACUUUCAGCAAAUACCAC